CUACAAAAUGAAAAUACUAAUCUUAUUUCGCAUAAUGCACAAAAGGAUAUUUUUAUUGCUGAAUAUAAGACUGAGAAUAUUAUAAAAUCCAAGAAAAUCAAAUCACUUGAGUCUAUGAUCAAAAUAUUGGAAAAAAAUAUAAAGAGCGAAUUGGAAUCAAAGGUCAAUGAGUUUGAGUGUCUGAAAUUGGAAGCUAUAUUGAAACCUAUAGUUGGUGAAAAUAACGAAAAAAAUAUUACCAAGUCUGAUGAUAUAUCUGCAGUUAAUGAAUCUA